AAAAGAGGGCGGCACUCGAAUGGGUGCGCAUGCGCAAGAAGGUGCCUGCGGGACUGGAGCAGAGCGGGCUGCGAGGGUCUUCUCAGCGCAGGCGGGCUUUCGAGUGUUACUUGCGGCUGGGCGUGGGGGACUAGCUGCCUUUCUGGUAGCAGGCAGGAAGCCGCAAAAAGUUUCUGAGCCCGCGAACCUGUAGCGGACGUGGAAAAAGAACACCCCUCCUCAAGUGUCUGGCUGAAAGAUGCCACCCAGGGAAGGGAACUCGGGCUAGCUAAGGAGGCCAUUCUUGAUGUUGCUUCUAGAUCUCAUGUCAUCACCGAGCCCUCAGCUGCUGGUGGCAGCUGCUCAGCAGACCCUUGGGAUGGGAAAGAGACGGAGUCCACCCCAAGCCAUCUGCCUUCACUUAGCUGGAGAGGUGCUGGCUGUGGCCCGGGGACUGAAGCCAGCUGUGCUCUAUGAUUGCAACUGUGCAGGGGCAUCAGAGCUCCAGAGCUAUCUGGAGGAGCUGCAGGGGCUUGGCUUCCUGACCUUUGGACUUCACAUCCUUGAGAUUGGAGAAAACAGCCUGAUUGUCAGUCCUGAGCGUGUAUGUCAGCACUUGGAGCAGGUGCUGCUUGGUACCAUAGCCUUUGUGGAUGUUUCCAGCUGCCGGCCUCACCCUUCUGUCUGCUCCCUGGACCAGCUUCAGGACUUGAAGGCCCUCGUGGCUGAGAUCAUCACACAUUUGCAGGGGCUGCAGAGGGACUUAUCUCUAGCAGUCUCCCACAGCAGGCUCCAUUCCUCAGACUGGAAUCUCUGUACUGUAUUUGGGAUCCUUCUGGGCUAUCCUGUCCCCUAUACCUUUCACCUGAACCAGGGAGAUGACAACUGCUUAGCUCUGACUCCACUACGAGUAUUCACUGCCCGGAUCUCAUGGUUGCUAGGUCAACCCCCAAUCCUGCUCUAUUCCUUUAGUGUCCCAGAGAGUUUGUUCCCAGGCCUGAGGGACAUUCUAAACACCUGGGAGAAGGACCUCAGAACCCGAUUUAGGACUCAGAAUGACUUUGCUGAUCUCAGCGUCUCCUCUGAGAUAGUCACACUGCCGGCUGUGGCCCUCUGACUUUAACUCUCCUCCCAUAUAGAAGGUACUCAGUAAAUGAUCAUCUCUAGGUUGGGGAUGGCAAAUAAUCAUCUCAACUGCCAAUUCCAAGUGUCUUGAGUACACUAAGGCACAAUGCUGUAAUCAGUUGGCCACAAAUGCAAAGGGCAUGUAAAUAGGUAAUGGUGGUGCUAGUAGCAAAUUGGUAGAUAGUACAUACUUGCCAUUUCUAUACUAGGAAGUCCUCUUAGUGGAGAUGUUUUCAUUUUCACUGGAUAAAAUAUAGAAGGAAAGAGAUGAUAGAGGAAAAGCAGGGUGGUGGAAGACAAGCCAAACACUCUUGCAUGGUAACCUUGUAAAUAUCCCUCGUCUAUGUGGGUGCUGCCUGCUAGGAAAGUAGGGCUGGGGGCUUUUCUGCAUGUUUAUAUGCCUCCAACUGAAUUUGAGGAGAGUAGACCACCAGUAUGCUUAAAUAUGUGAUACUUGUUAAUGUAAUACACCAUUCAGGAAUAAACUGAGAGUUCUGAGGAACAAUCUGGUCAGGUGAAGUUUAUUCACAGUAGGUUAAGAAAAUAACAAAAAGUCAGAAAUCCUAAGUCAGUUGGAAAACCCAAGCUGUAAUGUACCCAAACCUUCUGAGUUUUUCAUUGAGUUGCUUUCUUCUGAUUUUCACCUAAGGCAGUUGUCACAAAUUGUUCAGAUCAUCAGGUUGUCUUUAUUGGCCAGGAACACUGCCAGUGCUGCAGCAAUCACCACCAUCAGCACUGGGAGCCAUCGCCCACAUUGCCUCUGUAGGGGGACAGGGAGACAGAAGAAAGUGGCCAUGAGUUGAUUGGAAAAGAUAUAGGCAAAAAUCUUUCUUCUUCCUUCUCUAGCCCAGUGGAAAACCCUGGGUUGGUGGUGGAGAAAAAGCUUUUUACUCUGUCUCCCACUUUGUCACCUGUCUUGGGGUAAAACCACUUAACCAAUGUUCUCUGGCCCAGGGAGCCAUAUCCAGCAGGGACCAGAUAUAUAAAUACUGAUAUGAAUAAUGAAGGGUGGAAAAUAACCCAGCAAAAUUAUAUUCUUUCUUUGUAUUCCCCAGUA